AAAUCUCGUUAUUGUGAGGUCUCUUUAACAAAACUUUUGGUCUUACGUGUAACACUUACAUGCAUGCACUUGUCAGUGACCCCUAUGGAAAACAAUCCACGUUUUUAAAAAAGAUAGUAUAGCAAUUACGAUUUAAAAAUAAUUAUUCUAGAUAUUCAUCCCUUCAAAAGCAAUAAUAAUAAAUACUCUCUCUGUAAAAUGUCCCUUUUUAUUUGUUAAAAAUGACCCUUUAUAUAUAGCAUGGUCUUAUCCCAGUUCAUACACAGCCAUUGACAAGCAAGGAACAACUUCUUAUACAAGGACAGAUCAUGGACCAGCCUCACGCGCUUCUAGUCGCUAGCCCUGGCUUAGGCCACCUCAUCCCUAUCCUCGAACUAGGCAACCGUCUCUCCUCCGUCCUCAAUAUUCACGUCACCAUUCUCGCCGUAACCUCCGGUUCCUCCCCGAUAGAAACAGAGGCCAUUCGUGCAGCCGUGGCGAGAGGGACAUGUGAAGUUAGGGAACUACCCUCAACUGAUAUAGACCACUCCCCAGAUGCGACGGUACCUACAAAAAUCAUAGAGAUGAUGCGAGCAACAAAGACAAAGACGGCGGUUCAAGACGCCGUGAAAUCAAUGAAUCGGAAACCGACGGUCAUGAUCGUAGACAUUUUUGGUACCGGCCUGAUGUCCAUUGCUGAUGAUAUUGGCGUGAACGCUACGUACGUGUACGUCCCUUCCCACGCGUGGUUCUUGGCUGUAGUAGUGUACACGCCGGUAUUGGAUAGAGUCGUGGAAGGGGAAUAUACUGAUAUCAAAGAGCCUAUGAAAAUACCAGGUUGUAGACCGGUUGGACCGGACGAGCUUAUGGAAACAAUGUUAGACCGGUCAAACCCACAGUACCGAGAGUGUAUGCGGUGUUGCAUGGAGAUACCUAUGAGCCAUGGCGUUUUGGUAAAUACUUGGGAGGAGUUACAAGGAAACACACUAUCUGCCCUUACGGAGGAUGGAGAAUUGAGCCGGGUUAUGAAAGCACCGGUUUAUGGUAUUGGGCCUAUUGUUAGGUCUAGUGGGCCUACUGAAAAGGCCGAUAACAUACUUGAGUGGUUGGACAAGCAACCGGAUAAGUCAGUGGUGUUUGUGUGUUUAGGAAGUGGUGGUACACUGUCCUUAGAGCAAACUAUGGAACUCGCUUACGGUUUAGAUUUAAGUGGUCAAAGGUUUCUAUGGGUUCUGCGUAGGCCCACUUCUUACCUUGGGGCGAGCUCGACUGAUGAUGAUCAGGUAAGUGCCGGUCUACCAGAAGGUUUCUUGGACCGCACGCGUGGUAUGGGUCUUGUUGUCACGCAAUGGGCACCGCAAGUUGAGAUUUUGAGCCAUGGAUCGAUCGGUGGGUUCUUGUCUCAUUGUGGGUGGAGCUCCGUGUUAGAGAGCUUGACUAAAGGAGUUCCAAUCGUGGCUUGGCCUCUUUAUGCGGAGCAAUGGAUGAAUGCCACGUUGCUAACGGAGGACAUCGGUGUGGCCGUUCGUACGUCGGAGUUACCAUCAAAGAGAGUGAUUGGCCGAGAAGAAGUGGCGACUUUGGUGAGAAAGAUUAUGGUGGAAGAGGAUGAAGAAGGACAGAAGGUAAGGGCUAAAGCUGAGGAGGUGAGGGCUAGCUCCGAGCGAGCUUGGGCUCAAGGUGGGUCUUCUUAUCGUUCUCUCUUCGAAUGGGCAAAACAAUGUCGCCUGGUGUCGUGAUUCGAAAAUGAUAUUGCGAUUGUCUAUUAUAAGUUUACAAAUUUGUGUUGUUGCUUUUUUCGUUGUUGUUUAUUUAUUUAUUUGGAGUAUUGUUUUUGUUCGGAAGUUGUUUUUUCAGUCCAACGUAAAUUUUAUAUUUUAAUAGUUUUUCAUAUUUGCAUCUUACUGUGAAAAGUGAAAAAAAAUUAUUGAAAAAGUUUGCAUGUGUAAACACGUUUAGAAAUGGUAUUUUAUACGUACUAACACGUAAGAAAAGAGUAAUUUGGUUACUUUGGUUUAAAAUAUCCAAACUCCAUAGGAAUCAACCGAUAACCAUUUACUUUCCUGUUCAUAAACAUCAGAUCAAAUCCACCCGGAGCUGGGAGAACUGACUCGUACGCGAUCC